CUAGGAACUCUUCGCCGUAUUUCGUUGCAAGUCGGUGUGUUUUUUUAUGUAACACGCAAUUCCACCCGGUACUCCACGUGAAUCAAAGUUUAUUGACAGCGGUUUUGUAAACACUGAUCAAUUCAAGGCUCCAUUACAAAUUGCUGAUACAUCAGAUCAGAAUGAAGAACUCAAACAUAAACCCAGAGCAAUCGAGCCUUUUUCUGGAGGUCCAUCACAUCGGCGGAGUUGUGGUUCUUCCGCUACACUCCUCCAUUGUCCUGUUCCUUCUGUCCUACACUGAGUGCAAGUCUUUCCAGGUCUCCUUGGUCUCAGAUCAGCCUGGCUGUGUAGAGGCUUUGGCAGGAUGCCUUCCAAAGAGCCUGUCUGUGUCUGAAGUGAAGAGGACAGAGGCUCCAGCCCUGGUGGCGGCAUGUCGUUUGCCAGCUGUGCUGGAGCCAAACGGGCGAUUCUGCAGAGCCGGACUGGCUGUGGUGCUCAGACACAUCAUCCAGACAACCUGCUGCCUGGAGCCUCAACGCAGAGAUGUGGCCUCACUGCUGGGCUUCAAGAACACCUGCCUGAAGGCCUGUGCUGAGGUGAGCCGCUGGACCAGGUUAUGUGAGCUGGACAUUCCCUCAGCGGUAGAGGAUCACCUAUGUAACCCUGCAGAGGAGCGACUCCAUCUUCCCUCCGCUCUCCUCCAGCUGGAGCACCGCCUGGCCGAGCCGGUCAAGGUGCACAACGAUGACAAACUAAGACGUCACAAACUUCAACAGCAGAAGACGUCUGAGAAGAGCUCUGAGAGGAACCCAGAGAGGAACCCUGAGAGGAACUCUCAGCCAUCUGAGAGCCAGCAGGAGGAUCCUCAGAACCAGUGUGGUGUAGAGAUAAGUGCAGCUCUGGCUAAACUGUCUGUGUACGGAGCUCCACCCGUUCCCACCACAAGGGAGAGCUCUGACGUAAGGAAAGUGAAGACCACUGAGCUUCCAGAAUUGGAGCAUGUGUUCGCAGAGGGGCUUUACUUCACGCUCACUGAUGUGGUACUUCUGCCGUGCAUCCAUCAGUUCCUGAUCUCUCUACAGAAUCAUGCUCCUCAUGUCCUGAUGCAGCUCCCUCUGCUGCUGCGCUGGUACCACCGCGUACAGGAAGUGCCAGGGGUCCGCCGUGCCGCAGAGAAUUGUGGGAUUGCUCUGUUCAGACCGCAGGUGCCACAGCCAUGCUCCACUCAAGCAUACACUCCUCAUUGCCUGGAAUCAGAUCAGGAAAUCCCUGCUCCACCUCAAGAGCACUUUGUAGGAGGUCCGAGACCUACGCUUACCAAACUCCAGGAUCAUGGCAUCGAGGCGAUCUUCUCUCCACACCCCUGCUCAGCGUGGACCCUCGACUGGGAGAGUCUGCCUGCUGCUGUCAACCCCACUGAAGGUAAGAUGUCAGACACUCGAGCUCUACGUAAGCGGCAGCAGCUGAACAAUCUUGUCGCCAUGGUGAAGAUGCUGGCUGGUACUAAUCACACUAUAGUGGACUUCUGCAGUGGAGGAGGCCAUGUUGGGAUUGUUUUGGCACACACACUUCCUCAGUGUCGGGUCAUCCUUAUAGAAAACAAAGAAGAGUCUCUGGUUAGAGCAAGAGACAGAAGCUCACAGCUCGGGCUUCAGAACAUCAGCUUCAUCCAGGCAAACCUUGACUACUUCGUAGGAAACUUCCAAGUCGGGGUGGCUCUGCAUGCAUGUGGUGUGGCGACAGACAUGGUUCUAGAUCGCUGCAUUCAGGCUAAAGCCGGAUUUGUGAUCAGUCCGUGCUGUUACGGCUUCAUCCAGAAUACCCUCAAGUUCAGCUUCCCUAGGAGUAAGAAAUUUGCAGACACGUUGACAUAUAAGGAGCACAUGAUCCUGUGCAGGUUUGCUGAUCAGACAGCUGUCCAGCUUCCCACUGAGCGACGUCUAAUCGGGAAACGCUGCAUGGGAUUGGUCGACUUGGACCGCAGUUGGGCUGCAGAGACUCACGGUUACUCAGUGAAGGUGAUGACCAUGGAGCCUGAGAGCUGCUCCCCCAAGAACAACAUGCUAGUCGGGGUUCCAGCAUAGCAUCUCCAUCCCAUGACUACAGUAUAAAAGUAUAACUGGAUGUAGACUGUAGCCUUGAGGAACACCUGAAUAUUUUUCAUAGUAACUCUGAGGUCUAUGUAAGUCGUGAGAAUUUGUUGAGUCCUAAGUAUUCAAAUCGGCUUUUUUAUAAAUAAAUUUGUUUGUUUGUUUGUUCUGGUUUUGUUUUUUUGUUUUUUGUUUUUUUGGAAUGGUUUGCUGGCAAUAGUGGAUGUUUUUCUCAGGAGGCUGUUCCAUGAUUUGUGUUUUAUGUUCAUAACAAUUUAACUACAAUAAACAUGAAAUGAAUGAUGAA